AUGCGGGUGCCGCUGGCUCUCCUGGUGCUCCCGGCGCUGCUGGCACCCCGCCGGAGCGCGGCCUCCCGCGCGGAGCAGCAGCCCGCUGUGCCUUCACCAACGCAGAUUGUAGUAACAUCCGAAAAUUUCAAAACUGUCGUGCAUUGGCAGUACCCACCUAUGUCUGAAACUCCUCAUUUUAUUGUGGAAAUCAAACCUUACAAUUUAGGUUACUAUAAGAUCGUGUCAACUUGUGUGAACAUUUCAGCUCAUUUUUGUGACCUCUCAAGGGAAAUACAUGACCUUUUUGCCUCUCACUGGCUUCGAGUUAAAGCUGUUGUUGGGUCACAACAGUCUGAGUAUGUUGAGACAAAGGAGUUUAUUUUGCAAAGGCAUGGAAAAUUAGGACCACCAAAACUGAAUCUCUCAAAGCAUGAUGAUAAAAUCGUGGUUGAUAUUUACCAUCCUGCAUUCCCAUCUGUGGAAAUUCUUCCUUGGAUCGGAGACAUAUAUUCAGAGCUCAUGUACUUGGUGACUUUUUGGGAUAGUAAAAAUCAGAGUAAAGAAGAGUUCGCUGAAGAAAACUGUACACUGUAUAAAUGUAGCCUCAACAUCCCAAUUCCUGCUGAAGGUUCCAUUUACUGUGUUUCAGCAAAAGGAAGUUUAUAUAGUGAUCUGAUAAUUGGCACCCCAUCAGAAGAAAGCUGCAUUCAUGUUCCUCUCAAGCAGACAUUGAGCACACAAGAUAUCAUCAUUCUGUGUGUUGUUAUUCUGAGUGUGAGUCUAAUUUUGACAGUAUGUUGUGGCUGCAAGAAAUUAAGGAAGAACAACAUAAAGCUGCCUAAGUCUUUGGUCAGUGUGAUAAGAAACCUGAAUGCAGACGGCAUUCUAGAGUCAAAAUCGGAGGCAAAAUACAUAUCUGUAAUAAGUGUCAUGCCAGGCCAGUCAGCAUUGCCAGGGAAUGAUGAAGUAACCUCGCUGGAGGUAGAGCCAAAAGAAGAAACUGUUAGUCAUGAGAAUUCCAGUGAAGGAGUAUCUUCUGUUCCUCCCGCAGAGGCACCAGCCGAAGCAGAAGAGGUGUCUGUGAAGGAAGGCACAGAGGAGGUAUCUUCUGAUGAUGAACAGAAUUGCAAAGUAAAAGAGAGUUACUUCAUUUCUGACAGUAGCCAAAUGGAUAUGUGCAGUAACUCUUCAGGUCCAGAGGUGUCUGCUACAGAAAUACAACAAACAGUCAUACCAAGCAGCUGUCUCAAGUUUUCUGGCUAUGACAAGCCUCAUGUGCCAUUAGAUAUGUUGAUAGAUGUUGGUGAAGAACAGCCUGUGAUUGCUUACAGGCCAACUGACUAACCGGGACAACUGAGGUAUUUAACCAGAACUCAGGAAGAACAGCAUUACUAUGGGAAGUCUGGGUUAUAUUAUGAACAUGUACAAGUUGUACUUGCUCUGAUCCAACCAGAGUGGCCAGUACACAACUUAGUACAAUGGAUCCUGAAACGGGGCUGAAAGUAGUGCCUGAGAACAGCAUAAAAAGUGGGGGAAAAUUUUCAUAAUAAACACUUUUAGAAAUGUUUGUGUAUAUGACAUAACUCACUGUUUCCUAUUUGAAAUAGCGCUCUGGAUUUUUAACAGUACUCUAUGGAGAACAGACUUCAUGAAGGAGUAUAAAACAGCAGCUGUAUCAUUAUUCCCUUCUGUUUCAAAUCCUUUUCAAAAUUAAUUCGAUUAACAUAAUGCUUAAGAAGUCCUUCACUUGGUUACGAUAGAGAUGUGCAAGAAAUAUUUGAGAGUUUUUGCCUUUAUUGGAGGUAUUCUCUUGCUUGUCUUUCUUGAAGAGUAUUUUUUGUAUUAAACAAAAUGCUACUAUUUCUUUUAAGUAAGAGUAUGUCUAUAACCUUUUCCUGUAUAUCUUAAGAAUUUGAUUCUGUGGGGAAGAACCAGUUAUUUAUAGUCUUUUCUGGAACUAGAACUAUGUACUUGCUGGACCAUUACUUUGUACGUUUCAGUGAGUAAAUGAUAGACUUUUUCCUUAGUAACAUAAGUCCUGUGACUAAAAAAACUAUUUUUAAAAGUGCUGUUAUUUGUGUUUAGCUGCAUCCAUUUGGAUCACCUAGACAUGAUGUGUAACCAUGUCAUAUUCUGGAUAACUCCUGUAUUAGCAUGCUGGCUGAUCGUUAUUGGGAAAAAAAGGUGUAAUGGGUGGUUGCACAAAUUCUUUAGAAAAUGUUUUUAAAAUUCAAAAGCCUGCUUUCCUCCAGAGCAUUUUUAUCCUAAUUCUUAGAACAAUAUGAUUUUUUAAUAGAAAUCAACAGGACUUCUUCCAAACAUGUUUUCUAGCAGGUUGAAAAUGGCUCAGGAACUACAGCAAAUUACGUCCCUCUAAAAAUACAUCUCAGGACAACAGAAGAGUAGUGUAGUAAGUUGUAGUUUGUAAGUUAUUGUUGUCUGACAGCUCUCUGAAUUUUUUAGCAUGAGAUUGUAGUUUUGAAAACUGAAGGAUGAGGAUUUUAUUUUUAUAUUUAAAAACUUUUUCGUCUAAUGCCUGCAAACCAGUUAUUUCACUGUAGACAAGAUUUGAUGGGUAUUUUCUGUUCAUCGGAAAUGUUUACAGUAGUUCUUAAUGAAGCUUAGUUCAGAAAAAAGAAUUUUACAGACACAAGGUGGUGCAUUUAUACAAAAUCAUGUCUUUGUUUUAAAAGAUAUUUUUGGUAGGAUUAUCAGAAAUGUUUGCAUUUUAUAGCAGGUGGUUUUAAAGCAAAGCCAAUACCAUAGUACUUCUGUCCUUAUGUUUCUCAGUAGCGUGAGUAUUGCUAAGAUAAAGUUAGUUUAUACAGCAAUUUCUGGACUGCUUCCAUUCCUGCAGAUACCAGACAUUAACCACAGUGUUACAUACUAAAUUCCCAAAGAUUUAAAGACAAUAGCCAUUUUUCCCUUUUCUACUCGUGGGAAGAUAACAGAUCUGUUAGCAGAGUUUUGAUAAUUUUAGGAAAAGCCAAAUCAAACAGCUGAGUUUUGUAGUUAUGGUGUAAUGGAAAGCCCAACUAGAAAGAUUUCAGUAUGUGUUAGCUGGCUUUGAUUUGUUUCUGCAUUAUGUUCAAAUGUAGUGAGACCCCCUAGUAACUUUUUCAAUGUCGUGUUCUGGGUUGAGUUUGUAGAAGGCGAUGAAGGUGACUUAUUGCUUAGGAUCCACUAGUGUGUAGACAUCUCCAUUGCAGAAGUGCAGAAAGUAACUCUCUUGGUGUUACAAGAAGGCUUUGAAAAUCAGAAUUAACUUGCACUUGAAACUUAAACUAAACUGACUUUUCAGUUAAUAAUACGGUUCACCACUGAAGUGUGCUUUUAGCAGUCUGUCUACUAAGGAGAUGAGCAGCUGUGUCUUGUGCAGAGCUUGAAGUUGAUGUCAUUUCUUUAAGGUUUUGUGGGUUUGUUGAUAAAUAUGAACUGCAAUAAAUACUUUGAGACUUUAUAAAUGUCAAGUAAAUGUUUAAGUUAAACUUGGCUCAGAAGGGAGAAAUAGGGCAUUAGAAACUGUGAGGUUAGUUUGGUUUUUGGUAAGAAGUUUCUGAUCAGACAAUUUGCUGAGUAACUAUCUUUGCUACUGCUCAGAGUACUUCAUCUUCUUGCAAUUGGUAGUUUGUUUUCCUUCUGUCAGUUUUGUCCCAAAAAAAUCUUGCUGUUCCCCAAGAAAAUCAGGAAUUAGCCAUAGUAGUAAUUCCAUUUGCUAUAUCUGCCUCGAAGCUAUUCUGUCAGAAGUAUGUAAUUUCUUGGAAAUGUUAGAUUUACAUUCUUAACAGUGCGUGUUGAAACUGUGGUGGUGUUAGGAAAAUUAUUAACUAAGACUCAGCCUCUAAAAUUUGCAUAAACAUAAGAGAUCAUUAAGUGUUUUCUGUUCUGGAAGGUUUUCCUUUCUGCCACACUGGAAGAGGAAUGAUAUUUUUUGCCUGUGUGAGGGCAGACAGAUGCAUUUUAAAACAUAGUGACUGUCUCGGAUUCUUUUCCCCCUGUGAUACUACUACACUGUCCUGAAUCUUUCAAGUCACGUGGAGUCCUGUGUGAGUAAAAGGAACCAGCCGAGUGCUAGGAUAUAAUUAAGGACAAGGAUGUUAAGACUGAUCAAAAAAUUACACAGAAAUAUAUCAUGAGCAUUUGGGAAAAAUUUGGUAUGGCAGGUAGUUACAUAUAAUGGAAAGGCACUGUUAUUCUGUAAGCUGAAAAUUAAGCACAGGAGUGUGAGUGCUUUGUGCUAUACAACAUACAUAUAUAUAUAUAUGCACACAACUGACCUCUUCUUGUAACUAUCACAAGGUUAAAUGUAUUUUUUAAUGAAAAUUUCUGAACUGUAAUUACAAAAGCCACUGAAUUAUCACACUCCCUGCAGGUAUGUCAUCUGUGUGCUGUGUACUUAACAAGUAGCUAAUAAUACCACGACGAUAGUUCAGAUAUUUAAAUUGCUGAGGCCAACUUGCAGGUUUUAAAGUGUGAAGUAAAGAAGUUUAAGGGUGUGCAAAGCCCCAGAUUCUUUUAUUAGCUGUGACUAGCUGAAAACAUGAGGCCACAGUGAGACAAGAAUGUGUUCCCUGCGUCAAUAAACUAUUUCCCUGUCUUGUUUCCAGCAGCUGCUAGUAGUGGUAUUAAGGAAGAGCCUAAAAACAGGGCAAGUGCAUGAUGGUAUUUCUGCUAGGGUACAGUCCAAGAGCCUGCAGUGGUGAGGACUUCCUGGGACAGGGAACAUGGAAAUGCCUUACCAGUUACAGCUAGUUAGCCUUGCCUUUGCAGUUCUGCAGUACCAAGUAUCUGAGCCAUGUGGUUUGGAAGCUGUCAGGUGGUAUUUAUCUAUGCAUUUUCACUUAACUACUAAAUGAGUUUAAUAAACUAAUAUUCUUGUGAUGAAGUAGUUUGCUUAAGCUUCUGGAUAUUCAUGCAUAGCACCUUGACACAGGAUACCAGUGCCUAACACUUACACGUUCAAAAUAAUUUAAUAGUCAUGCUUUUUACAGACAUGCCAGCUAUCCAGUAAGACACACAUAAAAGGUUUCACCUCUUCAAGCUGUUUCAGGUGAUUUUUACUCUUGUCAUGGCUGCUCAGUAUUCCUCCCUUCCUGUCUCCUAAAGAUGAGUUGGGAGAUGAUGGAGUAUAAGACUCCAAAACAUAUAUCCCGUGUAAGAGAAAUUGCAUCACAAAACUUUGGCCUAAUACCUGGCAACAUUUCUAAGAACUUCUUUAGUUCUCGGUUUUGUGUGGGCAUUGUAACUUUCUAUUAUCAGAUCUGCAAUUAACAAGGAACUAUUGUGGUAAUACUGCAUGCUGGCACAAGAAGCAUCAAGUGUUCUACUUUUAUGCUUUUUCCACAUAAAUCAAUAAUGUAGUUUUAAAAAAAUCUACUGAUAACUGUAGAAACAAGACAUCUUGUAGUGUCCCAGUUGCUUAGAUCAGACAUACAAAUAUGCAUGUACUCCACUAGUUAAGAUUGCAGGAAUAGAAACUUGCAUGAGAAGAGCUGUUUUUCUCAAGGCUAGAAAUAACCAGUUGCUCUGAAGUGGUGCCAUGUAAGCAGUUUAGUAUUAAUAAAUAGGAGCUAUUGUACUUGGUUCAAAUUAAUAGUUUCAGCAUGUCUUAAACCUGAAACAACAAACCAAACACAAAGCACCUUGCAUCUUAUGAAAUAAGUGACCUGCAUAGAUUUCUUUAGUGUGGUUUUUAAAAAAUCAGUGCUUUAACUAUGAAACCAUAUUUAUUAAUGCACUUUCUAUAUUCUCUAAAUGGAUGCAAUCACUGGGCUAGGUAGGACCUCCAGGGUCUAUGGUUCAUUCUUCUCCCCAGAACUGCAUCAUUCCUCCUGUGCGUUUGUCUGAAGACUCCACAAACACAUCAGCCAAUUUAUUCUAGGAGUUCUUUACCCCUAAAAAGUAUUUUCUAAUGUUUAAUGCAAGUCUUCCUGACUUGGGAAACUUAAUUAUCCACAGUGGGCCUGCUGAACGUACUUUGGUUCUUGUCUGAAAUUUGUAACUAAACUACUUGUAAAUAGUGUAAUUUUUAAAUGUCUUUACAUCGAAUUAAAAAAAAAUCUCGUUUUUUCCUUACUGUUAGCUUUUGUAUUGAAGAAUAAAUCUGCUUUUUGAAGCUUGCUGAGUUCA